CGGCAGUGAACCUCUGUGAGGCCACUUUGCCUCUCGGUCAGGAGCACUUUUCCAGUGUCUGCAGGAGCCCACACUACGGUCACUCCAUCAGGAAGCCAAGGCCACGGCGGGGCCUGCAACCAGCCCUAGGGAGAAGAGAGUAGUGGCAAAAGGAUUUUAAAGUGUUCAAAGCAGGCAGACCUGGUCUUGAAUCUGAGGUCUGUCCUUUAUUUAUAUGUGGCCCUGGCCUGGGGCUUACGUUCAGGAAGCUGCAUCCUUAACUGUGCUUGAGGUGGAAGAUGCACAAGGAUGCCGGGGCGAAGGGGGCGUGGAAUACCAAGGAAACCAUGCAAAGACUUGUGAGGAUGGGCAACACCAACUGAGAGCCUCCGGUACCCGGCAGGAACUUAGGCAGCCAGCCGUGGCUAUCACCACUUCUGUAGAGGUCCAUGACCCCUCUUGCUCCGCCUGCUUGACCACAGCAGCGCCCCUCAGCCUGUGUUCAGAGGCAAACAUUUAUCACUCAACUGUGUUUCGCAGGAAGCACCAGUUCAGUGGGAGAUAAAAUGGCAUAAUCAUGCUCUGCCGUCGGAUGUCCUCCUGCCUGUGCUCCUUGCUGGUCUCACCAGACGCCAUCAAUUCUGCCCUCUUCGGCCUUCUCCUGCGCAUCCCAUCCCUGGCCUGCCAGUCACCAUGGCGGCCUUGAUUGCAGAGAACUUCCGAUUCCUGUCUCUCUUCUUCAAGAGCAAGGAUGUGAUGAUUUUCAACGGGCUGGUGGCCCUGGGCACGGUGGGCAGUCAGGAGCUCUUCUCAGUGGUGGCCUUCCACUGUCCCUGCUCACCUGCCCGGAACUACCUGUAUGGGCUGACGGCAAUUGGCGUGCCUGCGCUGGCACUUUUCCUUAUUGGCGUCAUUCUCAACAACCACACGUGGAACCUGGUUGCCGAGUGCCAGUACCGGAGGGCCAAGAACUGCUCCGCUGCCCCCAACUUCCUCCUCCUAAGCUCGAUCCUAGGCCGUGCGGCUGUGGCCCCAGUCACCUGGUCUGUCAUCUCCCUGCUUCGAGGGGAGGCCUACGUCUGCGCUCUCAGUGAGUUUGUGGACCCCUCCUCGCUCACAGCUGGGGCUGAAAGCUUCCCCCCAGCCCACGCCACGGAGAUCCUAGCCAGGUUUCCCUGUGGAGAGGGCUCUGCCAACCUGUCAGGCUUCCGAGAGGAGGUCAGCCGCAGGCUCAAGUAUGAGUCCCAGCUCUUCGGAUGGCUGCUCAUUGGUGUGGUGGCCAUCCUGGUGUUCCUGACCAAGUGCCUCAAACAUUACUGCUCGCCACUCAGCUACCGUCAGGAGGCCUACUGGGCACAGUACCGCACCAACGAGGACCAGCUGUUCCAGCGCACGGCGGAGGUGCAUUCCAGGGUGCUGGCCGCCAACAACGUGCGCCGUUUCUUUGGCUUUGUGGCUCUCAACAAAGAUGAUGAAGAGUUGGUCACCAAGUUCCCAGUGGAAGGCACACAGCCACGGCCACAGUGGAAUGCUAUCACCGGGGUCUACCUGUACCGUGAGAACCAAGGCCUCCCGCUCUAUAGCCGCCUACACAAGUGGGCCCAGGGCCUGACUGGUAAUGGCACAGCCCCUGACAAUAUCGAGAUGGCUCUGCUCACUGCUUAAGAGCCUGCUUCUGUGCUCUGGAAAUGGAACUACUUAGUCACAGACUAACUCCUCAUGGCGUGCUCACUUCAGCAUCAGGUGACUUCUCUGCUAACUACAGCGUCUUGGGCAUAGACAUAAAACAAGUAGUUUGUAAAGAUCCUGUGGACCACAUGGUUCACGGAAAUUAAGGUGGGAUGGGGGUGGGGUAAGGGGACUGGCCUACCAAAAUCAUCUCUCCCGUGGCCACUAGCACACUCUGUUCACAGCUAUCAAAACAGACUUUCUUAGAGUUUAGUAUGACCGGGGUGAACAUCGGUGGGUCUCGGAGUUGAGAAACAUCAGCUGGCUGAGCCUGGUGACAACCCACUGGGGGCGGGGGGCUCAUCACUGUACAUUUUGUGCAGUUAAUUUGUGUCUAAUUGCAUAGGGCACCCAGCUCCUUGGCGUACAGCUAGGAAGCUGCCUUGAUUGUAUACCUCUGGCCUGAUUUUAUAUAUUUAAACAUUUUGAUAAAGCUUUUCUUACUUUAAA